AUAUUGAAAUUGAAAGUAAAAACCUAAAUUGCUGUACAAUCUCCCAAUUUUCACCCUUUUCCAAUUUCCACCAGAAGUUUUAAGGAAAUGAAAACAAAUUCGGUGUGAAUCCAAUGAAUCAGAACAACAAAAAAAAAAACGAUUUCCAAUUUUGUCCCAUUUCAGGUUUCUCACUCUUCUCUCUCUCUCUCUCUAGACAUGGUAUCAUUUCAUUUCUCUCAUUUUCUGAAUGUAACACUUUGAUUCUACACUCACAUCAUGAAUUCCAUUGAAUCAUCAAACCAAAACAAUGUUCUUCCCAAUCCACCAACCAACCCCAUCAAAUCAAAAUUCAAAAUUUUUGCAUUUCAAACACUCCCCUUAAUCAUUCUAUUUACAGCAAUCUUCUUAGGUUUCACAACAACAAAUUACUAUAAAGUUCAUUACUUGAAAUACUCCCUCAAAUCAAAAACCCCUUUUCAUUCAAUUAGGUCACUUUUUUCACCCCCAAAACCAAUUCCUACACCCUCCCAUUGUCUUCUAUGGAUGUCUCCUUUUCUUUCAGGUGGUGGGUAUAGCUCAGAAGGUUGGUCUUACAUUUUAUCUCUUCAUGGUCAUAGAAAAAUUCAUUCUUUUAGGUUAGCAAUUGAGCAUCAUGGUGAUCUUCAAUCUUUGGAUUUUUGGGAGGGUUUGCCACAAAAUAUGAAGAAUUUAGCUAUUGAAUUGAUCCAAACUAAGUGUAAUAUGAAUGAGACUAUUGUGGUUUGUCAUAGUGAACCUGGUGCUUGGUACCCUCCAUUGUUUGAAACUUUUCCAUGUCCACCAUCAUAUUAUCAUCAUUUUAAGGCUGUGAUUGGUAGGACUAUGUUUGAGACUGAUAGAGUGAAUGUCGAACAUGUCGAGCGGUGUAAUCGGAUGGACUAUGUUUGGGUUCCUACUGAGUUUCAUAGGUCUACAUUUAUUGAAAGUGGUGUUGUUCCUUCCAAGGUGGUGAAGAUUGUUCAACCUAUUGAUGUGGAAUUCUUUGAUCCUGUCAAGUACAAGCCAUUGGAUCUUGGUUCGACGGCGAAACUGGUUUUAGGUUCUGAGGUGAAGAAGGGUUUUGUGUUUUUAAGUAUUUUCAAGUGGGAGUAUAGGAAAGGGUGGGAUGUGUUGUUAAGAUCAUAUUUGAAGGAAUUUUCGAAAGAUGAUAGUGUUGCUUUAUAUUUGUUAACAAAUCCAUAUCAUACUGAUGGGGAUUUUGGGAACAAAAUAUUGGAUUUUGUUGAGAAUUCUGAAGUUGAAGAACCGGUUAGUGGUUGGGCUUCGGUCUAUGUUAUUGAUACACACAUUGCACAAAGUGAAUUGCCGAGGGUUUAUAGGGCAGCUGAUGCUUUUGUUCUUCCUUCGAGAGGAGAAGGAUGGGGAAGACCUCUGGUGGAAGCAAUGUCAAUGUCGUUGCCGGUGAUUGCUACGAAUUGGUCUGGACCAACUGAAUUUUUGACAGAGGAUAAUAGCUAUCCACUAGCAGUAGAUAGAAUGAGUGAAGUAAUGGAAGGUCCAUUUGAAGGACAUCUUUGGGCUGAACCUUCCGAAUCUCUACUUCGGGUUCUUAUGAGGCAGGUGAUGGAUAAUCCCGCUGAGGCUAAAGCCAGAGGUAGAAAGGCGAGGGAGGACAUGAUAAGACAGUUCUCGCCUGAGAUUGUGGCAGACAUUGUUGCCGACCAAAUACAAGACAUACUAGGGAGGUAAGAACUGAAGAGUUUCUGGUUCUAUUUUGUUCACAACUUUUCUGCUCGGAGUCCAGGCCUGUUUUAUGAUUCACUCAAAAGGAGACUGAGCUUGUAAGAGGGACAUAGUGUAGACUUAUUUUGAAAAGGCAUAUGUAUUUUUGGAUGAACAUAAACUGUUUCUCAUGGAAUGUAUCAAUCAUUUUGGAAUGAUAUGUGGCUAUUUAUAGUUCA